AUCCAAUCAAAAUUUUUCUAACGUCAUGUUUGACCAAUCAAAUUGAAGAAAAUUUGAAAACAACUGUCGCAAGUUAAAACCCGAUUUACUUAAAACAAUUAUAUUCUGCCGUUGAAGUUAUUAUUGAAGUUUUGAAAACAGGCAUAUAUAUAUUUUAAGUGGAUAUCUACCAGUCUGAUAUCUACCAAUGUCACAGUUUGCUUUAGAAAAGGAGCUUUCUAGUGCUCUAAGAAUGGAUGGUCCAAUGCAGAAGGGUCCAGCCAUGAGAUGGCAGAGGAAACAAGAUAAUGGAGAUGGGAACCAGUCUGUUAAUGCUAGCCUUAAUGUAAGCUGUGGAACUUCAAAGACGCCAAUGAAAAGUGCUAGUUCAAAUAGAUCCAUGGCUAAAACACCUUCAACUAGCGGAUCUGGUGGUCACAAGACUCCAAAGUCAGGAGGUAAAAAGACGCCUGGUAAAGGAGCCAAAACACCCAAUGGUGGUGAUAGAUUUAUACCCAACAGGAAUACAACACAGUUUGAACUCGGUCACUUUCAGAUUAUGCAGGAAGCAAAUCAAGGGCAGACUACAGAAGAUUCAGAGAUGAUGAGUCCAAGUAAACUAGAGUACCAGAAAGUCAUGAGUGAAAACCUCAACGGUGAUCUCAACAACAAAAAAAUUAUUUCAUAUAAAGCCAAGGCACCAUCUGCACCAGAAGGACAUUCAAACAAUCUGCAAGUUUUGUACAGCUCAUGUAAGACUCCAGCCAGUACAGCAAAGAAAACUUUACGGAACAUUCCACAGGUGCCUGAGAGAAUUUUAGAUGCUCCAGAAAUUCUUGAUGAUUAUUAUCUGAAUCUAUUAGAUUGGUCAGUGAACAAUCAUCUGGCAGUGGCUCUUGGUAGCAAUGUGUAUUUGUGGAAUGCUUCAUCAGGUGACAUAACUCAGUUAUUACAGUUAGAUAAUCCUGAAGAGUAUAUUGGUGCUGUAUCCUGGGUUACUGAGGGCAAUAUUCUUGCAGUAGGAACCAGUGGUGGAGAAGUGCAGUUGUGGGAUGUAGCACAACAAAAGAGAUUACGUAACAUGGGUGGACAUGCUGCCAGAGUAGGAUCUCUUUCUUGGAAUUCCUAUAUACUCAGCAGUGGGUCAAGAGAUGGUAAUAUACAUCAUCAUGAUGUACGGGUAUCUCAACAUCAUGUAGGAACUUUAUCAGGUCACACACAGGAAGUAUGUGGUCUGAAAUGGUCACCGGACGGCAAAUAUCUGGCUAGUGGUGGUAAUGAUAACCUGCUCAAUGUUUGGUCACCACAGAUGUCUCUAUCAACACAGUCUCCUGUACAACCAGUACACACAUUCUCACAGCAUCUUGCUGCUGUUAAGGCAGUGUCUUGGUGUCCAUGGCAACAUAAUGUUCUAGCUAGUGGAGGAGGUACUGCAGACAGACAUAUCAGGUUUUGGAAUGUGAGCAAUGGUAGCUGUUUAAAUGCAGUCGAUACAAAAUCUCAGGUGUGUGCUAUUUUGUGGUCAAAGGAGUACAAGGAAUUAAUAACUAGUCACGGUUUUGCCCUUAAUCAACUCACUAUCUGGAAGUACCCGGCCAUGACAAAAGUAGCUGAGCUGACAGGUCACACAUCUAGGGUUUUACACAUGGCAAUGUCACCAGAUGGUACCACUGUUGUGUCUGCUGGAGCAGACGAAACUCUUAGACUUUGGAAAUGUUUUGCUGUUGAUACACAGAAGAAAAAGACACAAAGUACAACACUGAAAGACAAAGACAGUUCUAUCGUAAAAUUAUCUAUGAUAAGAUGAUCUCUACAUUGUGAUACCCCUGUGCUAUUCCAAUUUGACAUGUAUAAACAUGUGAACAGAAUGUGAAUCUUUGUGUGGGCACUCUUUUAUUUUAUAAAACACAAUUCAGUAAUUCCAUAGAUACUAACUUGAGAUUAAGUGAUAAUGUACCAGAUCUGUAUGAAACAGAGUCACAAUUAUGGAGAUUAUUUACUACAAGUACAACUCUUUAAAUGUGUAAAUUAAAGAGUGCAUCAGGCAUUUGUCAGUCACAUACAGUUUUGUUUCUGUGUAAUUGUCACAAACUGAAUUGUGCAUUGACACCAAGGGAACUAACUCAUAAGUAGAGAACUACCUUUGGGCACUGACUCUUUGUGUCUUAUUCUAAGGGAAGUACAAUUCUGACUUUGUACUCAAUAGGACAGAUUAGAAAAUGGUAAGAGAGAAAAUGUGCCAAUGUUAAUGUGUUUGUUUAAUGAUUGGUUCUGUUGAGAUAUGAAGACAUGGUUUUAGUUAAUUUAUUUGUUUCUUAUAUAUAAUUGGACAUUUACAAUGUUUACUUGCCUUAACAUUGCAUUUAUUAUUGUUUAUUAUUUUUGUUUUUCACUUAUUUGUUUUUGUAUGAGAUUGUAUAUACAAGUAGUUGCUUGUUUGUCCUUUUGUGAAAUUAUUUCUCAUAGAGCUUCAUGUAUUGACUGAUAAAAGGCAAAUACAUGUAUGUACAUUGCAUGAAUGUUUUAUUCUAGGAAUGGGGUUGAGAUUAACUGGGUCAAGAUCAAGGAGUGUUAAAAUGGUGUUUCUUUGCCUACAGGUUGUCAUGCAUCAUGUACUAACUGAUACGUUAGAUAUUUGAUUUUGUAGGUACAUUGCAAAGGCAUCCUGGCGUAGGUUUGUUCUUAAGCACUCAUUGAUUAACUUUUAUUCCUUUAACUGUGACCAGAAGUUAACAGUUGUAUUAUAUAGAUUUCUUGAAGUUCACAUAUUUUUAAGACAAAUUUGUAUUAAAUUGCUUUGUUUUUUAAAACUGCAAAAGUUUUUAUAAAGUUGAUAGCCUUUAUUGUGCUUGUAGAGAGAGAGAUUAUUUUAUUUGCCUUUAUUUUAAAAUGCUUGUAUAGAAAAGUUAAUUUUACUUGUGUCUCCUACACUUAUCAGUAGUAUUUUAACGAAUACUGAAAAAAUCUGGAAAAUUUUAAGCCAUGCUUUUUUUCUUAAAUUUUUAAUUUUAUGAAUUUGGUUGUGCAUUUUGUCCUUUAUAGUGCUAAAACUAGGGAUGGCAACGAAUACCAAAAUCAAUACUCGAGUACUCGGUCAUUUUUCCGAUCGAGUACUCGGUUACUCGGAUGAUUUCCAAUGAUCUUUAAGUUUUA